AUGACUGCGACAAGACUGCCAGAAAUUGCACUGGUUAUGGUUAUUGUGAAUCCUUAUUGUGAGGCAGAAAUGACGCAACAGACAAAUGAUACCGGCCUCCUUGCUUUCAAAGACCAUUUGCCUGUAACUCAGAUAGUGAUCACUGACACAAACAGAUCAAAUUCUGAGGCUGCUUGGAAAAUCGGUCCUUUGCGUUGCUAUGGAGACAGGCAGUUCUGGAACGCCGCUUCCUUCAACACAGAGGCUUCCUACCUGCACUUCCCCACCUUCCAUGCUGAGGUCAGUGCAGACAUCUCCUUCUUCUUCAAAACUACGUCUCUCUCUGGGGUAUUCUUGGAAAACCUUGGGAUGAAAGACUUCAUACGAGUUGAAAUAAGAUCCCCCAAAGAGAUCACCUUCUCCAUAGAUGUUGGAAAUGGUCCCACAGAAGCAACCGUGCAGUCUCCCAUGCCCCUGAAUGACAAUCAGUGGCACUAUGUCCGAGCAGAGCGGAACCUCAAGCAAACCAGUCUCCAAGUGGACAACCUCCCCAAGAAGGUCCUGGAGGCACCUGCAGAGGGGCACUUUCGGUUGCAGCUCAACAGCCAAUUAUUUGUAGGAGGAACAGCUUCCAGACAAAAGGGCUUUUUGGGAUGCAUUCGAUCUCUGCACUUAAAUGGACAGAAACUUGACCUUGAAGAAAGAGCUAAAAUGACUCCUGGUGUUAAACCUGGAUGUCCGGGGCACUGCAGUAGUUAUGGUAAUCUGUGCCAUAAUGGAGGAAAAUGUGUGGAGAAGUACAAUGGAUAUUCUUGUGAUUGCACUAGCUCAGCCUAUGAAGGGCCCUUCUGCAAAGAAGAGGUUUCUGCUUUAUUUGAAGCUGGCACUUCUAUUACCUAUAUUUUCCAAGAACCUUAUCCUGUUACAAAAAACGCAAGCACUUCAAGUUCUGCCAUUUAUGCGGAUGCCAUCAUGUCCAAGGAAAAUAUUGCAUUUAGCUUUCUUACGGCACAUGCUCCAAGCCUUCUGCUGUACGUCAACACCUACUUCCAUGAAUAUUUGGCUGUGAUUCUCUCCAAGAAUGAAGACAAGAUCUGGACUGCAGUGCAGCACAACAACACAGGGCUAACCAGAGUUCAAGGAGCUGGUCCAGAGAAGCCCUACACCAUGUCCUUUAACUACAACAGCAGCUCAGAGCAGCUUGAAGCUGUGAUAAACAGUGCGGAGUACUGUGAGCAGGAGGCAGCCUACCACUGCAAAAAGUCACGUCUCCUCAACACCCCAACCCGAGGCUAUAAGUUUGACUAG